AUGAACGCCAAGCACCUCGCCGCCCUCGUCGGUGUCCCCCUGGCGGUCCUCGGCCUCUGUCUGGCCACCAUCCACCUCCGGAUCGGAGCCGCCCUGCACCGGAGCCGGCCCCCGCCGGACCCGGCCCGCCUCUCCCUCCGCGACGCCCAGACCACCCUCCACCUCCGGCUCCGCUUCCCCGGCCCGGCCCAGCUGCCCCGUCUGCUCACCCGCCGCACCCUCACCCUGCGUCUGGCCCUCCGAGAUCUGCGGCUCCGGCUCGACACCCAUCCGGACCAACACUCGUGGACCGACGCCCUCUUCCGCAGCCUCGCCCACCUCCGGCUGCCCCAUCUCACCCUCCACCUCCCCGUCACUCUGCCGAAGGUGCCUGCCGAAUGGGCCGACCCCGCCGCGCUGCUCACGCUCUCCACCUACGCCUUCUUCCCCAUCCCCGCUGAGGACACGUCUGAUGGCCGGGCGGGGGUGGGCAUCCGGGCGACCGUCGCGGCCCCGAACCCGCUCCUCUUGCUGCGCCGGCACAUCCGAGAGCUGGACGUGGCCGUGGACGUGCCAUGGCCGAUCCCCUUAUCCGUGCUGCUCGUCCACGGCCCUCGCCACCGUCUGGUCCCGCUGGCCUCCUCGCACACGCUCCCGUUCCUGGCGGGCAAGCCCAACUCGCUGGCCGUCCGGUACGCCGGCAUCCCUCGGGCGCUCCCCGCAGCGGACCCCCGAGCAAACCAAAUACCGCUGAGCCUAUCCGCCGCCGAGGUCGGGGCGCCGAAGGUGCCGACGCUGAUCAGCGCCUUCCUGUCCACCAUGGACCUCCGACUGCAGUUCCCCGGAAGCCCGACGCCGGACCUCCUCGAGUCGCUCGAGAUCCGAGAGAUGCACAUCGGCCUGCCGGGCCUGUUCCCGCCCCGGGCCCCGCUGCGCUGCUCGGGCGUCCUCCACGCCCUCGUCGUCUUGCCCGCCGAGCUCGCCGGGCUGGCAGGCAUGCUCGACAUCCGGCUCUUCCGCCCGGACGUGGUCCUGCUCGACGGCCCUCUCCCCCCCUCUCCCUCUGCCGAGGACGGGCUCCCGGAGAGCGCGACCGCCGUCUUCCGCAGAUACGCCGCCAAGUACGUCCUCCACCAUCGCUCCAAUACCAGCAAACCGGGCGAAGGCGUCCAGACCUCGAUGCUCGGCACAUUCGAUGCCAAGGCUUUCGUCGCGGGUAGGUUCCGCGUCGCGCUGCGGAGAGUCGCGCCCAACCCCCAGAAAAGUCACUAUCCACACGUAUGUCAAUGCCCCCAUGUCCGCCUGGACACGGGUCGGCGCCGGGCGCUGUGGGCCGCUGCGGCAAUGAGCCACCGCUGCGGCAAUGAGCUACCGCCGCUCUAG